UCCAAGUUGAGGAAUUCAAAAUCCAUAUUGCGAGAGUAAUCACCCUAUCACAAAUUCCGACCAAUGCCCCCUUUCCUUCAAUAUUUUGCAGUUUCACAACUUCCAUGGAAGUGUGCGCAGGAGCUCGACGCCUACCAUUUCCGCCUGAGAAACGUGACGUUGAAAAAAUAAAGCAAAAGCUCCUCCAAAGCGGCGUUGAACCAACUCCCAAAAUCAUACACAAUAUCUGCAAAAAACGCCUCCAGAAAGUCAACCGUCGGCAGGCCAAACAGGCCGCUAAGGAACCACGGCCUCUUACUGACGCCCAGAAAGAAACCCUGGCUGAAGAGUUUCACUUCCAAGCCAUAAAAUCCGAGUACAAAAGCUUCGAAAGAACUGUAAAUGCGAAAAAUGAGGGGAAACUCAUAGGACGGCCGUGGGACAGACUUCACAAGCUUCAAAUGCAAGAACUUUCAAGUGAAAAUAUGCAGUAUUCUGGUGACAAGUUAAGCGCUCAGCCUUUGAGGGAGCUUCGUGACAUACUCGAGUGCGAAAGGGAGAAGUACAGGUGGAUUCUGGAUGACGAUGUCCAGAUUGAAGAUGGGUUGUCUGGUAAUAAGAGCUCAAAUUGGGAACCACCAAAGCUCAGAGGGGGCGAAUCUGGGGCAAUACGGUUUGUCAUUGACAAAUUGAGUGGUACAAAAAUAGUUGCCAAGAACUAUAAGUUUGUGCGGGUUAUGAAACACUCGGGGUUGCAGUUUACAGAACGUCAAAUGCUAAGGUUAGUGGAAGGUCUUGGGGAUAGAGGAGAGUGGAGGCAUGCAUUGUCUGUUGUUGAAUGGGUUUAUAACUUGAAGGAGCAUAAAUAUUGCAGAAGCAGGUUUGUUUAUACAAAGCUCUUGGCAGUUCUUGGAAAAUCUAUGAGGCCUCAUGAAGCUCUUGAAGUGUUCAACUUGAUGAGAGGGGAUGCCAGAAUAUACCCAGACAUGGCUGCCUACCAUAGUUUGUGUGUUAUACUUGGCCAAGCUGGUCUUCUAAAAGAGUUGAUCAGAAUUAUUGACUGCAUGAAGGAAAAACCCAAGAAAAUUCAAAAUAUGAGACACAAAGAUUGGGACCCUGCCAUUCUACCAGACGUUGUCAUAUAUAAUGCUGUUUUAAACGCUUGUGUUCCAUCUCGCCAAUGGAGAGGAGUACAUUGGGUCUUUCAGCAGCUAAGGAAGAAUGCCUUGAAACCCAAUGGUGCAACCUAUGGACUUGCGAUGGAGGGUUGGGUUGUCCACCAAAAGAAUGUUCUGCAUUUAUAUCCAAGGCACUUCAGUUAUAUCAUCAAGCUGCAUUUGCAUUGUAAGGUGAUAUUUUCAACAUUAAGGCAAAUUUUUGUUGAAAGGUGAUGUUGAGAUCUAGGAAGUAUGACCUUGUGCAUGAAUUCUUUGAGAAAAUGAAAGCAAGUGGGGUUGCUGUCAAGGCAAUUACAUACAAAGUUCUUGUCAAAGCCUUCUGGGAAGAAGGCAAGGCAAAUGAAGCCAUUCAUGCUGUUAGGGAGAUGGAACAAAGGGGAGUUAUUGGAACUCCUUGUGUGUAUUAUGAACUAGCUUGCUGCCUUUGCUAUCACGGAAAGCUGGAAGGUGCCUUUUUCGAGAUUAAAAAACUAAGAAGCCUUGGUUGGACUAGACCUUUGGCAGUUACCUUCACUGGGAUGAUAUUGUCUUCAAUGGACGGUGGACAUAUUGACAAUUGCAUAACCAUAUAUGAGCACUCCAAAAAACACUGCAAAAUGGACACUGGAAUCAUAAAUGCCAUGCUGAAAGUGUAUGGUCGUAAUGAUAUGUUUCUUGAAGCCAAGGAAUUAUAUGAGUUGACAAAGAAAGUAGACACCGGUUCUCAAAUUAGUAUUAGUCCAGAUAUAUACACUUUCAGUUCCAUGCUUGAGGCAUCUGCUCAUUCUCUCCAAUGGGAAUAUUUUGAGAAUGUCUACAAGGAGAUGACCCUUGUUGGACAUCAGCUUGAUACAAAAAAACAUGCACACCUGCUGGUGGAUGCAUCAAAAGCUGGGAAGGGACAUUUACUUGUUCAUGCAUUUGACACAAUUUUAGAAGCUGGUAAGGUGCCUCCUCUGUCAUUUUUCACUGAGAUCUUAUGCAGUGCAAUCUCGCAGCAUAAUCAUGAAAGAGCUGUCAGCAUGGUCAACAUGCUUGCUGUUGCACCUUACCAAAUCACUGAACAUGAGUGGAUUGAGUUUUUCGAAGGCAACCAGGACCGGGUAAAGAAUGCUCAUUUCCAAGAAUUGUUGGAAAUGCUCUGCACAGAGGGCUUGAGAAGUGAAGCUACCAUCGUAAAUUUGUCUAGAGCAUUACAAUCUCUCUUGGGGGAUAGUGGCUCAAACAACUUGAAUUCUGGGGGUGGUAAUGAUCUAAAAUCUGGCAAGGGGGGAGGUGUUACAGAUUUGAUAUUCAAAGAUUAUUUUGAUGAGUUUGAGGAACUAAAUUUGGAAACAGUGACCACUGAGGAAGAAGAUUCACAUGAAUCGGGGAUGCCAUCAACAUAUGAGAUAUUGCAGUCAUGGAAAGAAAUGGAGGAAACACGGUAGCAUUUUCCUCCUAGUUCAUAUAAGCUACCAGUGAACUUACCCCUUUCCCUAAUGAUGCAACAAGAUAAAGAAAGUUCAAGGUUUUGGUCUAAUGUCAGCAAAUUUCCCUGCAACCCUCUGGCCAGAUUCCAUUUUUUACACCAUACUAAAUCAUGCUUCUUGUGUGGCUAGCGAGGUGCAAUACCAGAAACUUUAAUGCAUCAUUGACAAGCUUUUCGACCUCAUGAAACUUGAACGACUGGAUUACAUCUGCCUACGUAAUUGCAGUAUCCGCCUACGAUUCCUCGCGCUCAUCAUCUUCCUGACAUGCGGCCACUAAAAUCCACGUGUCUAGUAGCUCUGCAGGCAUGUUUUUCUUAAUGUAUUUGUUAUUUUAAUUAUUUUCGAAAAGAUGGCAGGAUUUGUCUUAUGCACGUUUUUCUUAAUGUUUUUGUUUAUUUUAAAUAUUUUCGAAAAGAUGGGGAGAAUUUGUCUUCAAGCAAAGCUUGUUUUUCUUUCUAUAUUUAAAUAAUCAGAAGCUCAUCAUUAGUUUUUGAAAUUUUCACCGGUCUAUUCUGUUAUAUAUGGUGCUGGGAUAGUGGGAUAUGAAUUUACCGAGGUCAGCACUGCUUGAGCUGAGAGAUGGAAUUAUUGGUGAAGGGCUUGCUUGAGAUUGAAUAAAUUCGGGAUAUAUUUUUAUUUAUUACUUCGCUGCAAAGCAUGAGGCUACCCUUGUGUUCAACGGGCAUCCAAAACCUCUCACAACUUCAAUUAGAUGUCACCAUCUGGGCAGAAGUGGCCACCGCCACAGGUACUACGUGUUGCCACCGACAUCUAUCACUAUCAGUCAUUGGCUACUACCAGUGACAUUGCAUGUUCUCUCCACGGUUAGCCGCCACCAACACCAUUGUUGGUCGCCACAACCUUUGACGGUCACCAUUGGACAUCAAGGAAAAAUAUGUAACUUGCUUCAUAAGUUGUGAUUUAAUGUUUGUGAAGUAAAUUCAUCAUUGUCAUUGCAAUGUUAACUGUGUAAUUCUAAAAAAAACAAUUACUUAUGAGACUUAAUAGGUAUCACUAAAAAACUU